CUUGCGCAGAGCGCAGGCCCUGGCGGCGGACGGCGGCAGCGGCGAGAUGGCGGUGGGCGGCGGCCCGGGGCCGGGUCGGCGGUGCUUGCCGUCUUUGUGGCUGUGUGCGGCGCUGCUUCUGUUGCUCUCCCGUGCGGCGUGGGGCCUGACCGAGGGCCUGUACUGUGGGCGCCGCGUCUGCUACGAUGUGCUGGGCGUCAGCCGACAGGCCAGCAAGGCGGAGAUCGCCCGCGCCUACCGGCAGCUGGCCCGCAAGUACCACCCGGACCGUUACCGCGGGGAGCCGGCCUCGCCGGGCGGCGGCGGCCCGCAGGCGGCGCACGAGAAGUUCCUCCUCAUCGCCACCGCAUACGAGACCCUCAAGGAUGAAGAGACUCGUAAAGAUUAUGACUACAUGUUAGAUCAUCCUGAAGAGUAUUACAGGCAUUACUAUCAUUACUACAGCAGGAGACUGGCACCUAAGGUGGAUGUCAGAAUUGUGAUUCUAGUUACAGUCUGUGCCAUCUCAGUGUUUCAGUUCUUCAGCUGGUGGAGUAGUUACAAUGAAGCUAUCAACUAUCUAGCUACGGUGCCAAAAUAUCGUAUACAAGCCACUGAGAUUGCCAGGCAACAAGGUUUACUCAACAAGACUAAAGAAAAAGGCAAAAACAGGCGUUCUAAAGAAGAAAUUCGAGAAGAGGAGGAAGAAAUCAUCAAAGACAUUAUUAAAAAUAAAAUAGAUAUAAAAGGCGGUUAUCAGAAGCCCAAGAUCUAUGAUAUACUUCUGUUUCAGAUCCUUCUGUUUCCUCUUUACUUGUGCAAAUACAUAGCUUGGUCCUGUUGGUGGAUUUAUUGUUUCCGCAUUAAAGGGCAAGAGUAUGGUGUGGAGGAGAAGCUGUACAUCAUACGAAGGUACAUGAAAAUGUCCCAGUCUCAGUUUGACAGCCUAGAAGAUCAUCAAAAAGAGACCUUUCUUGAACGGCAGCUGUGGAUACGAGAGAACUAUGAGGUCUACAAACGAGAACAAGAGGAGGAGUUAAAGAAGAAGAUGGCUCUGGAUCCUCGAUGGAAGAGAUACCGACGGUGGAUGAAGAAUGAAGGACCUGGAAGACUGACUUUUAUUGAUGACUGAAAGUUGCUGAAUGAAAUCUGUGCUAAUGUUGAAAGUCAUUUGCAGAACUUUUCACUACAUUAUUAGGAGUUUUGUCUGCUGUGGCUCAGCAGUGAUCAAAACCUCAGGAAUUAAUGAAAUCAGGCUGAAAAGUAAUACAGGUUUACCAUUUUUAUAGAUCAGGCCUAUGAAGCUGGCUCAGCUCAGUGUGUAUAUGCCAUUUACUUGGGGAUCUCAGUGUGGAAUUCACUAUUCCAGUGUAUUUUCUCUACAUAUUUCAUGAUCAGUGGAACCACAACUAAGUCUUUUCUGAAAAUUGUUUCUAGAUGAGUCUUUGAAAGUCCUGGUUUUCCAUUGUUAAGAUUAAGCAUUUCUGCGAACAGGCACUGGAAAUGCUUAUAAAAGUUUAUGAAGGAAGAGACAUUUUCUGUUUCUGUCUCUCUUUCCUCUUAUUUUUCAAUCUAAUUUCUUAAGAUGCCAAAUUGUUUUUUCUGAUAUAGGCAAUAUGGGGAUUUUAUCUGACCUCUUCUUUUGCUUUUCCUGCUCCAGUUGGAAAUUAUUUUUAUUCUUUGUGGGAAUAAAAGAUGCAUGAUUGAUCAUCAUUGUGAUGCAAACAAGCCUUAAUUCUUUGUUCUACAGAGUGAUUCAUGAAAUAGUGUGUUUAGAUCUUUUGUCUUUGGUUUUUAUUCACAUAUGUUAGAUUGUACCUGCUUGUUCAGGACAAGUAUACCAGUGAAUAUUAGUCUACUAAAUAUGACAUUUCUUUCACCAAAGUAUUGGUAAAAGGGAAAAUGCCCCUUUUGUUUAAAAGGGCAGUUUUGAUGCCUUAUGUAAAUAAAAGUUUCUAUAAUAUACGUACUGAAUUGGUUUUAAAUUCUAGAUCUGAACUUAGCCCUUAUGUUUGUCUCUUACUACUCUGAGGUCUGAUUAGAAAGUAAAUAAUGCACAACAGCAUGCUGUGGUUUCUUCUAACACAGUCCAGGUCAGAGUUUCCAUGAUUUGCUGGGAACAGGGAUUCUGUUACCAUGUUCUGCUCAGAGUUUUACUGGCAGGUGGAGAACAUGCCCGUAUUGUGCUUCUCCUGUCAUUUAUCACAUUUCUAAAAGCAAGUUCCUCAAUUUUCUGCUGAAAACAGUGCUAGGUUAGCCUAGUGUCUGUGGAACUGAGUUCUGGGAGAGAAGCUCUUGAACUUGUUGCGCCUGCCAAAGGCCAUAACAACUAAAAGUUUUGAAAUGCUUAUUGUUUUUUUGAUUCUGGAAAGGUGACCUGUGCUCAUUCUUUGAGGAGGAGAUACUGUUCUCUGUGUCUCUUUUAUUAGUUUAGCUUUCACUAGUUCCUGGGUUGCCACCUCAGUUUUCUGAUUAAAAUAAUAUGCAUUCAUGACCACAUUAAAAGCAUUAUGUUAAAUGGACAAAUUCUGUAUGUAUUAGUAAAAUUGAGGAGGAACUGCUAGAUUUGUCCUUCAUCUCUGCUGCAUGUGGUGUAGCUCUGUACUUAAUUCACUUUGUGUUUAAUGGUUAAUUCUAAUCAAAAACUUGCUAAAGAA